GCGCCCCCCGCCCCGGCUCGUCCCGCUUCCCUUCGGUCGCCGCCAUCAGCGCCAUGGUCGGUCUGCGUGUGCUGCUCCCGCUGCUCUGCCUCCUGCUGCCGCCCGCCUGCCCCGCCGAGGCCAUCGAGGAGGAGGAGGGGGUGCUGGUGCUGCGCGCCGCCUCCUUUGAGCAGGCUCUGGCAGCGCACCGGUACCUGCUCGUCGAGUUCUACGCCCCAUGGUGCGGGCACUGCAAAGCACUGGCACCCGAGUAUGCCAAGGCGGCGGCCAAGCUGAAGGCAGAGGGCUCAGAGAUCCGUCUGGCCAAGGUGGAUGCCACAGAGGAGUCGGAGCUGGCGCAGCAGUUUGGGGUGCGUGGCUACCCCACCAUCAAGUUCUUCAGGAACGGUGACAAGGCAGCUCCCAAGGAGUACACAGCUGGCAGAGAAGCUGAUGACAUCGUCAGCUGGCUGAAGAAACGCACCGGCCCGGCUGCAGCCACCCUGCCAGAUGCUGCUGCAGCAGAGACGUUGGUGGAUUCCAGUGAAGUGGUGGUGAUUGGUUUCUUUAAGGAUGCCACAUCGGAGGCUGCGAAGGAGUUCUUGUCAGCAGCAGAGGCCGUGGAUGACAUUCCUUUUGGGAUUUCCUCCAGUGCUGAUGUCUUCACCAAGUACCAGCUUAGCAAGGAUGGAGUGGUCCUCUUCAAGAAGUUUGAUGAAGGCCGUAACAACUUUGAAGGGGAUCUCAAGAAAGAUAAUUUACUGAAUUUCAUCAAGGCUAAUUCAUUGCCUUUGGUCAUAGAGUUCACUGAGCAGACUGCUCCUAAAAUCUUUGGAGGAGAGAUCAAGACUCAUAUCCUGCUGUUCCUACCAAAAAGUGUGUCUGACUACCAAGGGAAACUGGACAACUUCAAGAGCGCAGCUGGACACUUCAAAGGAAAGAUCCUGUUCAUCUUCAUCGACAGUGACCACAGUGACAACCAGAGGAUUUUGGAGUUCUUUGGCCUCAAGAAAGAAGAGUGUCCAGCUGUACGUCUGAUCACACUGGAGGAAGAGAUGACCAAAUACAAACCUGAAUCAGAUGACAUCACAGCAGACAAGAUCAAAGAGUUCUGUAACAAAUUCCUGGAGGGCAAGAUCAAGCCCCACCUGAUGAGUCAAGACCUUCCUGAAGACUGGGACAAGCAGCCUGUGAAGGUUCUAGUUGGGAAGAAUUUUGAAGAAGUUGCUUUUGAUGAGAAUAAGAAUGUCUUUGUAGAAUUCUAUGCCCCCUGGUGUGGUCACUGUAAGCAGCUGGCUCCAAUCUGGGACAAGCUGGGAGAGACCUACAGGGACCAUGAGAACAUUGUCAUUGCCAAGAUGGACUCCACAGCCAAUGAAGUGGAGGCAGUGAAAAUCCACAGCUUCCCCACACUCAAGUUCUUCCCUGCAGGCUCUGGCAGAAAUGUCAUUGAUUACAAUGGGGAGAGGACACUAGAAGGCUUCAGAAAGUUCCUGGAGAGUGGGGGUCAGGAUGGGGCGGCAGCUGAUGAUGAUCUGGAGGACCUGGAGACAGAUGAAGAAACAGACCUUGACGAAGGAGAUGAUGAUGAGCAGAGAAUCCAAAAGGAUGAAUUGUAAAGAGAAGACUGAUCUGCAUUACCCCAAAAAUCAGACACUAAAUUGGCUGCUGUUCUGCAGCCCAGUGAGCCAGAAACCCUUUGAGAUUAAAGCAGAAGGUGAAUGACUGGAUCCAGGGAUUGGCUUUUAAAGUAACACUUUACCCUCACUUUUCUGUACACUUGACUCUUUUCUUUCUUUUUGCUUUUGAGAAGGGAUCUGUCACUAGGUAGCUGGCCCAGCCAACUGGGCAUUUUUUUUUAUUAUUAUUAUGAUGUACUUUUUUUGUACACAGCUUUUGUUUGAAAUAUUCUGUUCUUGGUAGAAGCAGAUUAUGAAGUAGUAACACGAGUUCAGUGGCCCAGCCUUCUGGAGCGUGCCACUAACAUCUUCCAGGAAAGCUUUUUCCUUUUUUUUUUUUUUUUUCUUUCUAAAC